CUUGCAGAUGACAUUGAAAUGUAAUUACAUAAAUUCCUAAUCUCACGUGAAUAAGUGUGUAAUAAAAUAAGUAUUUUUGUAACAUUACGUGAAUGCAAAAGUAAAUAUUUAGCUAAAUAUUAGCACAGAUUGACUCAAAUUAUUAUUAUUAGAGGCGACAAUAUGAACAUGGAAGGCAUAAUAAAAUUAGAACCUUCUGUCAGCUUCUAUCGAAUAUAGAGAUCGAUAAAAAGUACCUUCAAAUUAUGGAUUUAGGCCCAAAAGCUUUUGAUUAAUAAAUGUAAUACAUAUAUGGAAUAAAAUGUAUGGGGGCCAAUCCAUUGUGUUGUUUUUAUGUUGUAUAAAUGAUUACCGCAUACUCAGUGCGCCACCCGUGCAUAGUGUUCAGAAAGAAGUCUCAUCUUCGUUUGAUCAAAAAGAAUGGUUGCGACUGAAAAAACAAAUGAGAGAGCGGGCUCAUAAACUUUGGGACCUAACAGAAAGACAGUUAGAAGCACCAGGGUCACAAGAGACGGCCGAUGUAACUAAACCUCGAGCAAGUCCACAAAUGAAGACGAAACAAGCGUUACGCGUCAAAUACGAAACAUAUCCACCAAAAGGUAGAAUUGAUGGUUAUAUGGAGGAAAGCCUGAAGUUCAAUGACAGUGAUGUGACACCCAAUACCGAUGAGAAUAAGAUGAUCAGCGACAUCGGGAAAUUGACCACUAUCUGGGUCCGGCCCACGCGGUCAACGACGACGAUUAUAAUCCGACCAAUGACUUUCACACAUACUUGCGACUACAUUGCCUACUACUGCCUUAAAAUUUGGGAUACGGGACGUUUUUGCGCUCGUUCUAUCCACCAUCAAUACGCCAACUUCACUAAUUAUUGUGAACUGCAGUACGUCAAUUGUGUGGAGAGCUAUGAAUUAUGGUUUGCAAUUCACCCAGGAUAUUGCAUCUUCAUCCCCAAAGCCAUAGAAUGGAAACAUUACCCUUACUUUGAUGACUAUUUCUUGGAUCAGCAUUACAGAGAACCUCUCGACGAACCCUUCGAAGCAAUACCUAUGCAUUAUCAUGACAAGCCUGAAGUGCAAUGGCAUCCGUAGACAACAAAAACAAUAAUGAAAGAUUGUUUGUAACGUCAGUAAAGAAACGACUCGUCUUGUUCGAGCACGACUACAUGAACAUAUCCAUUUAAUUCCGCCCAACUUUUUUAUUAAAUGACUUUAGGAGUCUAUUUUAUAUAUCCACCAGUUAAAUACUGAAAAAAAUGGCAAAAAAGCCGUAAAAAUAACAGCACCGAAACUUAAAUUCCUCUUCUUCUUGUCGUAUAAAUGGCAUACACUAUAAUGCUUGCCAUCGUGGUAAAUGAAUUUGCCAAUCGGCGUAAUGCCGGGUUCACGAGACUGCCACUAGCGUUUUUCGCUUGCUUGCAUGACUCGCUUCGCUCGUACGCAAAGAUCUGUCGCCUACGCGCAAGUAGGACUGUUCAUGAGUCGCUCGCUUGAACCAGCCAUUUGCUUUGCGUUGGUUUUCUCUACGUUGCGUGAGUUUGAUAUCUAGCAAGCUUGAUAUUUCCACGCAAGCAACAAGAAACGUUAGCGAAGGACAGCA